AUGGCGAGCGACAACACCCACCACGGGCCGUCUCCCUCCUCGCGUUCGCGCGGGGGCCCUCCCCCCACUCUCCUUCCUUCGUCUUCUUUGAUCCCUCCUUCCUUCACGCCACAUCCGGCUCGCGGCGGAUCGGUUCUUUUCGGGGCCCCGUCUGUGGCUUUUUACCCGCCCUCUGGCCCGCUGCCUUCUUCCUUUUCGCUGCCUCCUCACGGGUCUCUCCUGCUGCCGCCGUCGUCGUCUCCGCCGCUUCCCGCGUUCGCGAACGUGGGGGGCGAGGGCCCCGAAUGCCCGCCGCCCCUCGGUGUCCCCUGCGGGGCGCGGACGGGCCCGCCGCCCCCGUGUGGGGUGUCGCUGCCUCCCAUCCCGCCGGGCGCGUCCUCCUUCGCGCCGUCGUCGUCGUUCCCCGUUUAUCUGCCGCCGCACGCCGCCCAAGGCGCGCCGCCGUUCGCUGUGCCCGAGCGCAGAGAGGACGAACGCGCAAGCGUCUCUGCGUCGCCGCCACACUCCGGGCGCGCUGGGUCGGGCUCCAGGCCGGACGGCAACUCCUACAUGUUUCCGGCCUUCCCGCACUCUGCCGGGCUCGCCCCGCCGUUCGCGGACGCAGACGACUCGAACGCGCGCAGGCCACGCGAAGAGAGCCGCAGCCACGGAGACGAGAGACUGCGCGAAGGGGACGGCGUGCGAGAGGCGCGGCGCAGAGACGAAGGCAAAGAGCGCGACGGUCACUCCCUCGGCCGUGAGCGAGACCGCACGCAGCGAGGCGGCAGGACCGCAGGCCGCAGAGAGGGAGGCAGGACGCCGCGACAGGACGGCGGCAGCGGGCAUGGCGACGCCAGCCUCGCCGAGGCAGCGAGGGACGACUGGGGCGGAGGAGCCAGGAGCAGAAGAGACGAACAGAGGGAGCACGGCCCCCGCAGAGGCGCCCUCUCGUGUGACACGUUCCCCAGUGAGGGAAGAGAGGACAAACGUGGGCGAGACGAAGAUGACAAAAGCCCCAGCGCCUGGGCGGGACGUGGUGUGUCCGCGUCUGUGAGCAAGCGACCCAAGUCGCAGUACGAAGCGAAUCCUGAGGCGGGCCUGCUGGCCGCUGCUCCCCCGUACGCCCUGGCAGGGGCCCUGCCCUACGGCGGCGCCCCGCACGUGGCGCCCUUUCCUUUCUUCCGAGGAGGCGAACAAGGCGUCGAGAUGCAGAUGGGAGCUGCUGCGCAUGGCGGCGGGGGGCCUAGUGGGCGCGGCGAGCGAGAGAGAGAGGGCGAGGAGGGACGCGGCGGAAUGUCUGGAGACGCAAAGCGCACGGGGGAAGGCCUUGGUCGGUUUCACCCAGGUAGCCGCAACCGAGCGGACUCUCCGUCACAGCGCGACGGCCGAAGGCCUUCUCUGUCUCCGGCGCGCGGGAGCCGGGGCUGCGACCGAAGUGCAGCAGCCUUCUCAUCGUCGGGAAGAUGGGGAGAGGGCGGGCAGGGCCGCUCUGCCUCGCGCGACCGCGGCGGCGGCCGAGGGCGUCGCGGAGGAGCCGGCCUAGAGAGAGGACAGAGACGAAGGGGUAGGGACCUGCCACCGGGCUCUGAGUCACACCGCAGGCGCCGAAGCAGCGAAACCUCGACCAGCUCGGGGUCUCGGUACCGACGGGGGAGCCCGUCGAUUCAGCGGCCUCAACCCGAUGACGAGGGUAGGUCGCCUUCAGCGGCUGCGCAGAGGACCUGGGGGGGCGAAGACCGCAGGCGGAGCGACGACGGGCGACGUGAACACCUGCGAAGAGAAAGCUGUGGAUCUUCGAUUUCGCCGUCGCUCUCCCUAGAACGCGAGGACGGAAACGAAGCUCCGAUGCCUGCGACCGCGGCUCCGGCUGCGGGAGCCGUGUUUCCUGGAAAUGGCAUGCCUGGGGCGCCGCCGUCGUUUCCCCCUUCGUCGCCUUUCCCGGCAAAUUCUCCCGCUGGGUCUCUCCCUCUCAUCCCGUCGUCGCUGCCCCCCCCGUCCGCCCCCCCUCUUGGGGCGCUUGCGACUGCGUCGCCUCACGGACCCUCCUUUCCGCCGCCGGCCUUUUUCCCGUUCGGAGAUGCUCGCGCGCCGCCGGCACCCCAAGAGCCGAGCGAAGAGGACGCCGGGCGCGAGGAGAGACGCGGCGUCCGGCGCAGAGACGCGGGGGGCGUCGGCAUGCGGGGGAAGCAGCGCGUCUCGGGCGCGGUGGAGGGCGACAGAGACCGCGGAGAAGGCGACGACCGCGACGGCGACCCCCAUCCCCGCACACAGGCCUCUUCUGUGGGUGGCGACGGAGCGAAGCCCAGGGGCUCGGAAGACGGGAAGGCGCGGGCCCCCAGGGCGCCACAAGAUGUGCCCUUCUUCGACCUCUGGGUUCCCACGACCUUCCACCCGUCGUGCACCGAGCGCGUGCGCCUCGUCCUCGGGCCGAAAGGCCGGACGCACAAGGAGAUGGAGCAACUCGCCAGAAUGCGAAUCCAAAUCUACGGAAAGGAAAUGAUCAGAAGCACGCGCAGACACGGAUACGACGCCUUCCGAGACAAUCAACCCCUCCAUUUGGUCGUGACCUUUGACCGCAUGCGGCGCGAGGCGCAGAGCGCGGAAACAGCGCAGCGCGCACAAGAAGUUUUGAAGUCGUUUCUGGAGCAGCUCGUGGAGCGCACAUGGCCGCGGGAAGAGCCGCGGAGACCCGAGUCGUUUUAUGACCGGCAGGUUUCUUUGGGGCCCUCGACCGGGCUUCUGGUCUACGUGCACCCGCUGGGGCUGUACGACGAGCCUCCACCGAAGGAGCUCCAAGGCUGCCUGGUUUACAAGCCGAAUCUCCUUCCGGUGCCUCUGCUGCAGGCUCCGCCGGCGUUCGCGGGGACGCCUCCCCUUCCAGGCGUGCCCGAGGGCCUGCACCCUGCGCCGGGUGGAGCUGUCCCUCCGGCGGCAAGCGACGAAGAGGCGAAAAAGUGUCUCUGGGGCACGGACUUCUCGGGGCGCAUCUUCGGGCAGGGCUUCAUGCCGAGAGAGGCGGACGGCGACACAAAUGGCGACAACGAGGUUGCUCUGUUCGAGGGGGACCCGACGCUUUUGCUGGACUGCACGCCGCCCCUAUGUCUCCUCCUGCUGACGCUGCAGUCACUGCAUGCGCUGCUCGCGGAGGAGGGCGCGCAGAGCCUGAGUGUGUUGCCGACAGUGUUUGAAGACAAAUGGGGCGUGCGGCUGCUGCACAGCCGCGAAGACUUCCAAGUGGCGGGCAUCAACCCGUCCAAGCGGACUCAGGACAUUGCGCGCGUGGUAGACAAGCCGACGGGCGAUGACGGCUACGGCGGCCUGCUUUCCUUCGUGCAAGAAUUCCCCGAGGUCUUUGAACUGGUGAGAGACGUGGGCCAGUCCGGAGAACCGGGCGGAAGGCGACGCGAAGGAGCCGACGCAGAGGAUCGAAGAGAAAGCGCUGCGCUCAAAGUCCGCGCGCGGGAAGUCCCCGAUUUUGCGCGAAUCGCAAACAAAUUCAAAACGACGAACCCCUGGCUAGAAAGAGGAGGUUAA